AUGGAGCAAGCGGUCCUGCAGCACCGACGUCAGGUGCCGCUCGAGCGCCGCCGUGUCGAGCGCCGCAGCGAUCGGACGCUCCAGUGCGCCUCUGAACCCCUGCAACAAGUUACACUCCACGCGACGCGCGUUGAGGAUCUUGCGGCCGUGACGUUGCGACUCGGAUUCCUGCGACAGCAGCUGGCAGGGCAAACGUGGACGGCCUUGCGACGCUGGUACCUCGAGCUCAAUGGGAUGAUGAGAGAGGACGACAGGACGCACAUGCAACAACCUGUGGAUGACCCGUCGGGGGCAUCGAUUGGUUUGCUGCAGUCUUGCGAGGCGGUGCUGGCACGUGAGCAGCGGUGCUACGACGUCGUGUACAGAGCAGGAGCGCGGCGACUGGACGAUCGGGAAAGUCUCUUGGACGUGUCGGCACCGGCGGCUGACAUUCGAGAGCUACUCAGCUUCUCGACACGAUCGGCUGACGGCAGGGUCUGCCGCGUCACGUGCUGGCACGACGGCAGGCGCGUGCUCUGUAGCGCCAGCGAGUACGUAAAAGGUCUGCAGGCAGAGCUCGAUCGUCUGUUGAGCAACGCGGUGCCUGUUGACGCCGUGAUUAGCUUCAUCUGGAACACGCUCAAGACCGAGCAGAUAGCUGACGACUGCUGA